AUGGAAGAAAAAAUUGAAUAACAAAAAUAAUUAAUAAUUAAAGCUAAAUUAACUAUCGAUAAAUUGAGAGCAGAUCUCGCUGAAAGAAAUCAAUAAUUGUAAGAUGAAAAACAAAAGAAUGAUAAUCUAGAAUAAAUUGUCAAUAAAUAUUUGGGAGAUGAAAAGAAGAUUGUGUGUGAAAGAGUUUUAGCCAAAGUAAAAGUAGAAGAAAUUGAAUGGAUAUGUAUUAAAAAUAAUGGAAUUGAAUGGGUAAGAGAGAGCGAAUUCAAUAAACAGCUAAAUUCAUAAAUGCAUGAAGAUAUCAAAUUACUAGAUUAUUCUAAAUCCAAAGAUGAUAUUUUAGUUGUUGCAUAACAAUACGAUUAGAGAAUGAAAAUAUUGCAGUAAGAAUGUCAUUAAAGUGAUAAGAAAAAAUAAGAAAUACUUACUUUGUUUAAUGAUUUAUAAAACGAAUUUGACAAGUAUAAAUAGGAAAUCAUACUCAAUAUUAAUGAAUUAGUUAACUAAUCUGAAGAAAUCAGAGAGACCUCCUUAACUCUUGUUGAUUAAAGCACAGAUUGUGAGGCAAAAAUUAAACUGCUAUUGUUGUAGUUAUUGAAAUCUUGUAGUCCAUAAUUGCAUUCUCUUAAAUAGCACUUAAUUACCUUGAAUUAAACAAUUUAUGAGUUAAUAUAAUAAUAGUAGGAGUAAACUAAUUUGAUAGAGUAGCAAGCCAAGGAGCAUAAAUAAAGACUACUUGAAAUUGAAGAAGAAAGAAAGAUGGAAAGAGAACAAAAAAUCUAGCAUUUUGAAAAUGGUAGAUAGUAAAUCUAAUUAUUAGAAAAUACCAUUGAUUAACUCACUAAGGAAUUGAGAGAAAAGAAUAUUAAAAUUGAUCUAUUAUGCUAAGAGAAUUAAAAGAAUGCAAAUAUUCAAUAUAUUAAAAAUAUAAUCAUACGCUUUUUUACAGAGGAGUAUUCAGUAAAAUAAAAAACGAUACCUGUAAUUGCAACUGUUUUAUAAUUUACAGAAGCUGAACAUGCAAUAAUUUAAUAGGCAUGGGAAAGGGAUACUAAGUCUUUUUUGAGUAGAAUUUUCACAUGA